AUGGCGCCUCCCAAGAAUACCACCGUCCCGGAUUCCGAGCCUUCGACGGCCGCCCCAUUUCGAGAUCGCACUGCUGAGGCUCUUCAUGCUUGGUGCUCCAAGAACUAUGAAUUUGGCUACGUCUUCUCCCAGGCCGAGCUGUUGAGUGCCGGUGUCAUCCCAAACCAAGAUCUCCACAUCCUUCUCUCCUCCGUCGAAUACCUUGUCAAGAAUUCGCUCUUCAGAGUCCACGACAGAGCGGGCGGUGGCAUUGGCUGGGAAUUGGUAGACCCAGAUGUAGCAAAAGACUAUGUCAACCUCAGUCGCAAUGAGCAAAUCGUCUUGCAGGUCAUCGACGGCGCGAAGACCUCGGGAAUGUGGACGAAACAGCUCCAAUCAAAAACCGCCCUCCAUGGAAACAUCCUGGAGAAGGUCUACAAGGUCUUAGAGGGUAGGGGACUUAUCAAGCAGAUGAAAAGUGUCAGCCAUCCCCAACGGAAGAUGUACAUUCUGGCUGGCUUGACUCCCUCUGAAGAUGCUACGGGUGGCUCCUGGUUCUCUGAGGGACGACUUGAUAUUGGACUGAUUGAUACCAUCUCCACUGUUAUCGAGCACUAUGUUUCUACUCAAAGCUGGCAAGAAAUCAAGCCUGAUGACAUGGAAGAAAGCCCAGGUCAAAAACGCAAGCGGCCCAGUGGUGGGUUCGAAGAGCAUGGUGACGACAGGGGCAAAAUGACCAAGACUGGCGAAGGACAGAACAAUAAAGCCAAGUCUUCAAAGCACCAAGCUUCCUCCCAGAGAUCCUACAGACCCUUCGGCCCGGGCCACAAGUCCUAUCCCACCCUGGAAGACAUAACCAGGCAUAUCCUCAAUAUCAAAGUUACGGGCUCGAUGCUGCCUCAAAACGCCAUUGCACAACUCCUCCAGGUGAUGGUCUAUGACGAUCGUCUGUUCAAACUCCACCGUCCGCCCCACGGCAACGAGCUUCCCGAUGACCACAUCAACAACACCGUCACCAUGUAUCGCUGCUUCAAAACCCCGCAGGACAUAACCGAACGGCUUCAACUUGACAAGCGCAAAGUGAGCCACCACGACGACGUCAGAAAAGCCGCGUAUCGGCAGGAGGAGUUGGAGAAGUUGGGUCGCGGAGGGUCAAGUGAAGUGCCUUGUUUGAGGUGUCCUUCGUUUGACAUCUGUGGUGACGGCGGCCCGGUGAAUGUGGUUACUUGCAAGUAUUUUGACGAGUGGUACGAUAGGAUUGAAGAAGCGGACAAGUGGAAAACGGACAAGGACAGGGAAAAGGUGAAAGAGAAGACCAAAGACCGAGACAAGGACAAGGGCAAGGGCAAAGAUAAAGAGCGUGGUGUAACUGUUGUCAAUGGUGAUCGAGGGCCCUUUGUCGACAUUGAGCUGGAGCUGGAGCCUUCAUAG